UGACCUAAAAUUGUUUUCCAAAAAUAUACCAGACGGUGUGAAGGCGGCCGACGAGCCGCUUGCCCGUCUGAUAUUUAACUGUGAUGUGUGAAACAAUUAAAAUGACGUCAUAUAAAUCGUUGUUAGUUUGCCUUUUGUAUGCUGUCUGCACCGAAGCAACUGUUAGCACCCGUUUUCCUAUAGGUGGUCUCUUCAAUUCACAAAAUAUGCAAAGCUCGAUGCAGGCUUUCGAGAAUAUCGUCAAGAUGGGUACGACGAAAUCCUAUCACGGACGAGCGAUUUACUUAAAAGUUCUUGACAGUUACUCCACAUCUUUGGAACUUUGCCCUUAUACACAGGACAAUAAGGGAAUAGUGGCUCUGAUCGACGCUCGACCAACUAACGGCAUUUGCGACACAACAUGUCUUAUUUGCAACCGGCUUAAUAUAUCACAUCUCUCCCUAGGAUGGGAACCGACGGACACAAUGGAGCAAGACCUUUUCACAAUAUCCUACGCGCCCCCUCCAGAACUUAUAUCCAAAGCGUACGCAGCGCUCAUAAAGAAACUCCAAUGGGAUAAGUUUACAUUCCUCUACGAAGACGAUGGAAGUUUCAUACGUCUGCAAGAAGUCAUAAAUUCUUGGCCGUACAAAAAUGAACAAAUACUAUUCCGGAAGCUCGAUCCGGAGGGUGAUAAUUUGGAAACGUUUAAAUACAUAUUCAAGGCGGCACACAUGAGCUACCACAUAUUGGAUUGCGACAUCAAAAAUGUCAGAAAGUAUAUGGAGGAAGUUAUAAAAGUGGAAAAUUCGACUCAAUAUCAGAGCUUCAUCCUGACGAAUCUGGACGCGUACAGCAUCAACCUGGACGAGAUCCCGGACCUGAUGGCCAACGUGUCCACCAUGCACCUCACCAGACCCAACGACAUACGGUGGAAGGACAUCGAUAUGAACACCGAUAAUUUCACCAUUCGGCUGGAAACAGCACUCUCAGCGGAUGCUUUGAAUCAUCUGGAGAAGGCGAUCAGGAGUAUGCAUAGUGACAGCAACGAAGAAAUAGAUUUCCAACGACCGUCGAGUAUAGAGAAUCCACCGCCUUUGUGUUUCAUGGAGAGCAAAGCUGAUUAUGAGGCUAUAGCGUGGCCUUUGGGGGACAAUUUAAGACAAGCUUUGUUAAAGACAACAUCCAAGGGGUUCUCUGGUCCCAUUUCAUUCGACGAGUUCGGAAGACGGAAAGACUUCGUUGUCCACUACUCGAAACUGAACAACGAGAGUCAGUUCAUUUAUGUGGGCUACUGGGAUUCAAGAACGGACAAGAUUGUGGAGGAGAAAGCAGUCACUGAUAGAUCCACAGCUCGAAAUUCCAAAUCUGUUAUACGGGUCGUAUCAAAAAUUGGAUUGCCUUACUUUGAUGUCGAUGAGUCGAACGGAACGACCAAGUUUAGAGGUUACGGCGUGGAUCUCAUAGAUGAAAUAUUCAAACACAUAAAAGAGGUACAAAAAGAGGAUCUAAAGUACCAGUUUUACAAAGUGAAGGAGUUCGGGAAUCCCAUUGUGGGAACAAAAAAAUGGACCGGUAUAAUGGGGGAAUUGCUUGAACAUAACGCCGAAUUGGCGAUUGGCGACAUAACGAUAACAUCGGAGCGCAUGGCUGUCGUUGACUUUUCUACGCCGUUCAUGUCUUUGGGGAUCAGCGUCCUAAUAAAAGCUCCCGAUCCCGUGGUUCCCGACAAGUUCUCAUUUAUAAAUCCACUCUCGUUGGACGUCUGGUUAUACCUCGCCACCACUUAUAUAAUAGUGUCAUUCGUGUUGCUCAUAUGUGCACGUAUGAGUCAAGGUGACUGGGUGAAUCCCCAUCCUUGUAAUCAGAAUCCUGAGAACUUGCAGAAUAUAUGGAGUCUGUACAACUGUAUGUGGCUGACGAUGGGAUCUAUUAUGACUCAAGGUUGCGAUAUACUUCCAAGGGCGGCAGGUUCCCGGUGGGUGACGGGUAUGUGGUGGUUUUUCGCCAUGAUUGUGACGGCCUCCUACACCGCCAACAUGUCCACCUUCCUCUCCAACAACCGCAGGAGCAACGAGAUAACUGACGUCAACCAGCUCGCCGAACAAAACGCAGUGUCUUACGGCGCGCAGAUCAACGGUUCGACCUAUAGAUUCUUUGAAACUUCAAAUGAUUCCCUCUACAAGAAGCUGUGGGCAGUAAUGGAGUCGGCUAAACCCACCGUAUUCACUCACAGCAACGACGAAGGCAGAAUCAGGGUCCAACGUAGCAAGGGCAGCAAGGGAAGAUACGCCUUUUUCAUGGAGUCCUCUGCCAUUGAAUACUACUUGAAAAGAUAUUGCGACUUGAGGAUGAUGGGAAAUAAACUCGACUCUAAAGAAUAUGGAAUAGCAAUGCCUAAAAAUUCGCCGCACAAAACUUUAGUAGAUACCGCAAUUUUGGCGCUUCAGGAGUCGGGAAGAUUGCAGAUCUUGAAAAAGAAGUGGUGGGAAGAAGAAGACAAUGAAAAGGAAUGCAAAGAAGAAGAAGCAGAGGAAGAGUCAUUGCAGAUGAAGAACACGAGUGGAAUAUUCUUGGUGCUCGGCGUUGGUGGUGUUAUCGGUCUGAUCGUGGCCAUCAUCGAUUUCCUCUUCCAUGCCAAGAAGAUUUGUGUCAAAGAGCGGGUAUCAUACAAAGAAGCCUUAUUGAGCGAGUGGCGGGCGUCCUUGGACCCACGUGCGCUGCACAAGCCGGCCGCGCCGCCGCGAUCCGCCGCGCCGUCCACCGCGUCGCCGUCGCCGGAGCGCGUGCGGUCGCAGUCGCGAGCCGUCUCCGUGCUGCGAGCCGCGCAGUCCUUUAUCAACUUCGACGAGAUUUAUUAA